GCGCAAGCUGCGAGCAUUUUUGCACUUUCGUGAAAAAUUCUCAAGUUUUCCUAAAGUUGAUUAAAGUGUUUUCAUUGAUUGCUGCUGAUGGUAAAGGCUACCUUUUCGAUAGAUUAACCGAGUGUGAUGGAGUCCGGAUAGUGUUAACGCACGACAAAAUACGCCCCCUGCUAGUGGAGCAGAAUCCCGUGAGGAGACGACGCACCAAGGUGCAAGGAAUCAAGAAAGCCUUGUGGCCAUAGUGGCCGGUAGAGUUGUGGCCUCGAGCAGGAAGACGAAAUCGUGUCGUGGGAUUGACCAUUUUUGCAGCAUAAGAACGGGACAGGCUCCGGAUAUGAUUGUGCAGGAACCAGUGCAGGCCGCAAUAUGGCACUGCCUUAAUCAUUACGAUUACCAGGAUGCAAUAUUUUUAGCUGAAAGGCUGUGUGCCGAAGUGGAAACAGAGGAAAGCAUUUUUCUGUUGGCAACAUGCUAUUACCGAGCUGGACAAAAACAUCAGGCUCAUUGGCUACUUUCAACUAAAAGCGUUCGUUCCACUCAAUGUCGUUAUUUGCUCUCUAAAUGUUCUUUCGAUUUGAAAAAGUAUUCGGAAGCUGAACACACGUUGACCAACGAUGAUCAUUUGAGGCCAAUGCAUUUAGAUGAGAUUGUGAAGGAGUUUGGCGAUAUAGCGUGCUUUGCAUUGAACCUGGUUUCAAAAAUCUGUCAAAAGACUGAACGCGGUGGGCUUGCCAAUGACGCUAGUCGGAAGGCUGUGAAACUGAAUCCAUUUCUGUGGCAACCGUUUGCCGAUCUGUGCAAUCGCGGCGAAAAACCUGAUCCAGACAGCAUAUUUCAGCUUAACAGUACAGAUGUUUUCCAAACCAGUCAGGCGCAGCCUUUCAAUUCAGUCGUGUGGUUCGGCGGUGUAAACAGCAAUUUCCAAGAGGCAUGUAAUCCGAGAAACGAAAGCGCCCACUUAUCAAGUGGGGUCGGUGAUCAACCGUCUACACCGAUCGAUCAGUGUCUUACACAAAAUUUUAUCAACACACCGAAUAACCAGCACCUAGGAGCACCAUUAGUGCAAGGCCAUACCACCGCGUACUGCAGUCAACCAGGCAUGCAGCAACAUCACCAGGGUGUGGCCAACCUUAGUAGUUCUGCUGCCUCGAUGCGUGUUGGAGGAGGCAAUCUAAGCGCCGAAGAGUUGCAGACCCCAACGUGUACAUACUCUGAGCUGACCACACCAUUCCGAAAGCAGCAAUUUAAAUUUUUAUCAGCAAUGAGUCCGUCAUCGCCCAGUUUUGGUGUGCUCCCGAUCGUUAAUACCCCCACCGAACCCUUCGGUCUUACACCAUCGCCGAAUAUGGUUGCAGCUAGUGGUACACCGGUUGGACAUAUCGGACCGCUUGGUUUCAUGCAACAGCCUGCCACGAUGACACCAGCACAGAUAGCAGCAUUUCAGCAGCAGGGUAUAAUAAGUGACAGUGUCGGUGUAGAUCAGCAAUCCGUAGUAAGCAAUCCAAAGAUGGCACUCUCUAGCAGCAAUAAGAAGUUACGCGGACAUCAUACUAGUAACUUAAGUACUAUGGGUAACAUCUUGAAUCGAAAACAUGAAACAUCGCCACACCAUCACCAUCAGCAUCAUACCCAGCAACAGGCAGCAAUUCAAUUGUUGCAGCAGCAAAGUACAAAUACGAAGCCAAUCGUUUUCAGUCAAACCGGCAACCAGAUGACGACUCCGCGGACCACCAAUACUCCGACGGGUGUGGCACUGUUGCAAGGGCAGAAUGUGCGAAGGAGUUCCCGCCUGUUUAGCAACAGCAACUAUUCGGUAAAAGAGAAUGCUAAAAGUCCUCAACUAAACAACAAGUUCGUGGCCCCACGAUCGCCACCCCGCCGUACGAAACAACGUCUUUCGAAGACAAUCAAUAAUGCGGCAACCACGUUACUCGAAAACAUCCCAGAGAAAAAGAUACCCGUCAGUGCAACGGGAGGGCAUGAGGCAUCUAGAGAGAAAAUCGAAACCGUUACCUCGACCAUCGGUGAAGGAGGGUUGGCUUCGCUGAAUGAGAAAGUUUUACUCAACAACAGCAUCAAUAGCGCGCAACGGCUGGCGCAGCAAGUGUUACAGUUGAAAAAACAAAGUGCCGAAGGGCUUAUGGCUUUGCUUCGGGAAUUGGGCCACGGGUAUCGGCGACUGACGAGUUACGAGUGUGAAAAGGCGAUCGAGAAUUUUUCGAACGUUCCACUACAUCACUAUGAGAGUAGCUGGGUGAAAAGCAUGAUUGCGUUAGCACAUCACGAAAAACGUGACUAUGAUACGGCUGUACAGUUUUUCCAGGAAGUGCAUGAGCGCGAACCACAUCGUUUACAGUAUAUGGAGAUCUACAGCACCGAUUUGUGGCAUUUGCAGAAGGACGUUGUACUAUCCUCUCUAGCUCAGGAUCUCAUGUCACAGGAUAAAACAUCUCCUAUAACGUGGUGUGUGGCGGGUAAUUGCUUUUCCGCCCAUAAAGAACACGAAACGGCCAUCAAGUUCUUUUUCCGCGCCAUACAAGUCGACGAGGAGUUUGCGUACAGCUAUGCCUUGCUGGGACAUGAACUAGUAAUGACCGAGGAGCUGGAGAAGGCACUGUCGAUGUAUCGACUAGCUGUGCUCCACGACCCACGGCACUAUAAUGCUUGGUUCGGCAUAGGUACAGUGUUCUGCAAGCAGGAGCGUCACGAACUUGCCGAGUUGCAUUAUCGAAAAGCCUUACAAAUCAAUCCACGUAACUCCGUCAUUAUGGUUCACAUAGCGGUGAUGCAGUUUUUUUUGCGUAAAUCAGACCAAGCAAUUCGAACACUGAAUGCUGCCAUCAAGCUGGAUCCGAAUAAUCCACAAUGCAAGUUUCAACGUGGUUCAAUGUUCUUCACUUUGGGUCGCUAUCAAGAGGCAUUGAAGGAGCUGGAAGAACUAAAGCAGAUAGUGCCGAAGGAAGCAAUGGUUUACUAUCUAAUGGGAAAAAUCUACAAGAAGCUAGGCAAUGUGGAUCUGGCGCUCAUGCAUCUCAGCUGGGCCACGGAUCUUGGAUCAAAAGGUGCGAAUAAUCAGAUAAAGGAUAACUUUGAUUCCAUCAUUCGAACCCAGGAAGCCGAUGCCAGUGCAGUCGAUUGUACAACAGAAGGUACGCCCGAUGAUACGAGCGGGGCAGAUGACACAGCGUGCGGUAGUGGUGAAGUUAACGGGACUGCCACCCCCGUGGUUACUAGUGGCACCGGCCAUAGUGUUGGUGAGGAAGCUAUCGAAGAAACGAUUGGAGGUCACGAUCCCGAAGCUGGCAGUAGUAGUAUUGACCCAGAUUAUUCGCUUGGCGUUGAGCAGGUCUCAAGCGAUGAUUCCACUGCAGCUACUGGUAUGCGAAUUGAGUCACUUGAUGUAAUAGCCAACAUGUUUUACGAUAGUGACAGUUACUAAAACAUAUGUCGGUAAAGGCGUAAAACAUAGACCUCAACCAGCCGGACCCACGCGACCGAAUGAUACUACCGGCGACACUUUUCUUUCCAAAGGAUGUCUGCCUGGACAAACUGCCACUUGCAAGCAAAAAAAAAACAUAAGAAUCCUUUGUGUGUGAUCGUGUGUAGGCAAUUGAAAAUUGGUAUUGUAAUUAUACGUUUGCAAAUUAAUGUGCUUUCGGUUGAUUUAGGCAUUUGGCCACGGUGUCCCGUAAACUCUCACGAAGAAGUCUGUUUCGAAAUAAUCAUAAAAAUAAGCUAGUAUCCGCGAUGAAAUCAAUUACAUCAUUAUUUUUUUUUAUUUUCCUUCUUCCCCUUUGUUGUUCGGCUAUUUGUAAGUGUAGUAGUUGAUUUACAUCUAAGUUCUAACGGGAAACCUACCAAAUCAUAAUAAAAAAGAUCACGAAUAAGCUAA